AUGUAUGUGAGUCCCGAAGCAUCAGCCAGAAGCAGCUGUACCGCUCCUUCGCAUCCACCCUCCCAUUUGCAAGUUCAAGCUCCCGACGCUUCCCAUGUUCGUGUGCACUGGGCGCUUCCACCCCAAAGCACCUGGGGAUGCGCAGAUAUUCAGUAUGAGAUUGAGGUUGUUGAACCGCGCGGAGUCCAACCCGUGACUGUAGCCGGUGGCCAAACAAAUCACAUCUUCCCCAGUCAGCCAAACCAGCAAUGGUCUGUUCGCAUUCGAGCAAUCAACUCUGCCGGUCAUUCCGCUUGGACACCAACGGCGGAAGUACGGACUCCUCCUGGAGGAGAGCUCAUCGUUGGGCCUAAUAUUGCUUAUAGGCAAGGAAAUCCUAUCAUAACUUGGCAAGCACGAGAAAAUGUUGAAGACUUGGUUGAGAGCUUUGUUAUCGAAUGGAAGGCAACCAAUGAGAGAGAUUGGAGGCAGCAUAGAAAUCCAAUUCCAUUUUCCGGAUGGCAACGACCCUACUCCAUUGAUCUCGGAGAACUUCCCAAAGGCCACAAUUAUCAGGUCCGAGUUGUUGUUAGAGACAUGAAUCGUGGUACCGCAUUCACCUCACCG